AUGUCAGCCGCUCAAGCUUUCUACACAAACAAGGAACUGCGGCGCUGGAUUCAUAGUCUGGUCGACCGGCAAAGUCUGGUGAAGAUGAUUCGGCUGGAAAAGGCGGCGGCGGAAGACUUAGCAGCAGUGCUGUAUCGGACGCUGCGGAUGUGGGAGUUUAAGAAGGUCGUCUCGAUGCUCAGAUCAAGUCGAAGGCACGCUCUUUAUCGGGGUGCUGUCCGGGUGCUGGAGCUGGACCCCACGCCUGAUCCAGACGAAGUUCGGGAGUCAGAUGAGGAAGAGGACCCAGAGUACCCAGACCCAGAGGCAGGCGUGGGGCGAAGCCUCUACGAGUGGUGCUCUCUCGCCUGUCCCCAGGAACGGGACCCACUCGACCUUCCCGCCCUCCUAAAAUCCGCCUUGAAUAAGCGAAAGCUCUUUCCCCAUCUCGAGUCCAUAUCGGAGGAGCAUCCCACCCGGGUCGACAAAAGCCCAUACAUCCUCCAAUUGCAUGGCGACCGUAUAUCGGUCCAAAUCGAAACACACAUCCAAUUCGACCUCACCAGUCAGCACAUCUUGCUCACCAACCAAAGCUUCCCUCCCGUCCCCUCCUGUCCCGGUCUCGAGGUCCGGGAGAGUAUUAUCCUCUGGAUCCGGGACAUGAAUCACGCUGGGGUUUGGCAUGCUCCGCAAGACCAGCGCGACGCGCAUGUUCGGUAUUUGCAGGAUUGCAAAGCCUGGCUCUACCACAAUCCCCUCCUCGAUAAGCGCGUCACUCGGAUCAAUCUCCCCCACGAUCAACUCGCUCGUGAUUCUCGGGCAAUUCACCCUUCGCUUGACGAGUUCAUCUCAUUUCAGGCGCAGCGGAGAGAGGGUGGAUGCGAGCCCAUCACCACCUGUGUUGUUCCGUGGGACAGGUCGGGGCCUGGGGCGAGGGAGAGUAUCACGGCGGACCAAUUCAAACGGCUCGUCUCUAGCCUCGGUCCGGAGCUUCGGUCGCUAUACCUUUACUGCCCCAUCUUCCGGGCCGCCGACGAUCUCCAACCCAUCAUUACCUCCCUUGACGCCGCUUUCCCCGCCCUGUAA